AUGCUAAGGGAAGUCGAGCAGCUGGCUGUAAUUUCUAUUCCCGUUCUCUGCAUGCUGGCCUUCUCCCAAUACUCUGGGCGCAUGCUGUAUCAGUUUGCAAUCCUUAUCGUUUCGCAGUACAUCUCUAUUUUGAUUCCGUCUCUCAUUCCGUACCUGGUUGUUUGUCUGGCCUUGAUAGUUCUGAUUAAAUCCUUGGGAGCUGGAAGCCAGAAUGUCAAAAAGAACAUAGAGCCCAGACUCUUCUUUGACUUGGCCCGGUUUAUAACCAUCACCCAGACCACCAUUUGCAUUUUUCUGUGCGAUUUUGAUUUUUGGGACUCAAGGUUUUCCAAGAAUGACGGAUACUCAAUAGGGCUGAUGGACUUGGGUGUGGGGUGCUUCAUGUUCAACGGCGGUGUUACUUCAUGCAGAAUAGCGAGAAGAAAGAUGAUAAGAAGCACAGUGCUGCUCUUUCUGUUGGGACUGCUGAGGCUGCUUGCAAUAGGCGCAUUCAACCUCCACGUCAAUCCGAAAGAGUAUGGCAUACAUUGGAACUUCUAUUUUACACUCUCUGCAGUUAAUUUUCUGUAUAUUCUGUCCAGUCUUCUGCUAAACAACUCGUGUUCAAAGCUUCUGCUGGGAAUAGCACUGGUCAUUGGAUAUGAGCUUGCCUCUCCGCAGGUUUCAGACCUGAUCUUCAGAGCCGAAAGGUCCAAUAUGCUCCUCCAAAACAAGGAGGGUCUUUGUUCUCUUGUUCCCUUUCUGGGGUUUUUCCUAAUACUCAACCACAUAGGAAGCUUAAUUCUGGAACGAAACCUGAAGAAAGCCACUGCGAAUCUUAGUAUGCUCUGGUGCAUAAACACCGCAGUGUAUGUGGUUGCAAGAACAUACUCGUGCGCUUCAAGAAGGCUGUGCAAUCUUGCGUAUCUGUCCUGGGUCCUGUUUAUCCAGUUCACCUUUAUUUGGCUCUUUAUGAAGGCAGCACACCACUGCCCAUACUUGAUUAACAACACUGGGUUUUUCAAGCUUUGUAGUCAGAAUAUACUUCAUGUUUUUCUGUUCAGCAACCUUCUUGUUCUACUCUUCAAGCUGUACUUUGAUCUCAGCAGCAUGACAUACGUUGCAGGUAAUGCUUUGAAUCUGGCCUAUCUUUUCCUCAGCUUCGUGGCACUGCCAAAGAUACUUGGAAUGCAAACAAGCCACUGCAAGACCACAGCUAAUUAA